AGCAUGACGUCAACUACGAAUCUGGAUGUAUGAGGCAGAGGCAGAGGCACAUCAACAUCAAUCUUGACCAACUACAGCUACAGCUACAGCGUAUACUUGUAGCCAUAACCAAUACAAUACAAUAUACAUAAAAAAAAAUAAAAAAAAGUAAAUACAUAAAUAUGUAUACAUAUAUCGAUGUAAACAUUCACACCUAGGAUUAGUAAUCGGUAUUAAUCAUCUUGGCCUAUCAUCUGCGUCUUAAACUCACUUUUACAAAAUAUAUAAACCAGCUCAAGUACCAGCUACCAGAUACCAUCUACCAGCUACCAGUUACCAGUGAGUAAAAGUACCAGUAUCCAGUGUUAAGUGUCUUGUUACCUGUUUGGUAAUUAGUUAAUCCUCAAGAGUCGUAAUUACGACAAUCUAAUGUCCCAUUUAAUAUUAUUAUCAAUAUCUACCUGCAACUAUUUAAAUGAUAACUGAUAAUUCAUUAUUUUAUUGAGUGUCUUCAAUAAGAGCGUAUGCUAUAAUUUAUUAACAAAUUUUUAAAAUAAUGGCCCAAUCCACAACCAUUGAAACUGUGACAAUCACAAAGCCAUUUAAAGUGAUAGCACUGGUAUGUGGGACUAUUGUUAUUCUGCUGAUGAUUAUGGGACUGGCGUCAGCAGACUGGCUGAUGGCAGUGGGAUGGCGACAAGGAUUAUUCACACACUGUAUUGCUGAAGGAGCUGAGACGCCGCUGCCCUUCAACGUCGUCGCAGAACCUGGAUGUUAUUCUGCGAGAGAUGUUGGAUAUAUUAAAGCAGUAGCUGCACUAUGUAUAGUCUGCCUUGUUGCUGAUGUCGCGGGCACGCUGCUCACUUGGCUUGGACUCAAGUCAAAGGACCAUCGGAAUAAGCAUCGAUGCUACAGGAUCGCUGUCCUCUGCAUGUUAUUAGCUUUAAUAUCUUUGCUGAUCGCCUUGAUAAUUUAUCCAGUUUGUUUUACUGGAGAAUUAAAUCUAGGGAAUCGGACGGUCUGGGAGUUUGGAUGGGCCUAUGGAGUUGGUUGGGGUGCGGCGAUUUUCCUCUUUGGCGCCGUGAUACUUUUGUGGUUCGACAAAGAAAGCGAGGAAAUAUAUUAUAAAGAACGGAAAAUAGUGCGGGAAGACAUGACAAGUGGGGGUAACAACGCGAUGAUCGGCCACGGAAUUGUUGGUCAUCACGGUACCGGGAGAACUGGCCUCCAACACGCCUAGUGGCAUUGUACCCUGCCCGAUGUUGUCCUCUAGGUCAAUUUUAUUUUAAAUCCUUUAUUUUUAUUCCCGCUUCCUUUUACUCCCAAUCAUAUUAUCUCUUUUGUUGACAAUCACAAGAUAUCAUUUAAUUAUUGACCAAUAUCUUGUUGCUAAAUCGACUAGAGAUUUAAGAAAAAAAAAAGAAAAAAAACUAAAACAAAUUAAUGAAUUAAUUAAGUCGUAAAUCGGAGACCAAUUCGCGUAAAACUCUGACUGCCACUGCUGCGCUCCAUUACAGCGUAUAUUAUUUUAUUAAACAAAUUAAUUAAGUAAUGAAUUAAAAAAA